AUGGGACUUCAUACCCCAACGAGCAUAUCGAUCACUACCGCACCAUUAUGCAUAUCCAGGGCCCCGGAUGCUUUACUCUGCCAAGUUUUUCCUGCCACCCUUAAAGGGCAGGCCCAAACAUGGUUCUACUCACUGCCUGCCCAAUCUAUCUCAUUAUUCGUUAAAUUGGUCAAGUUAUUUGUCGAACAAUUUGUCGCCAACCGAAGGAUGGUUAAGGAUUCCUCCCACCUCUCAGGGAUACGUCAGAAUGAGGGUGAAUCUCUUAAAGAGUACUUUCAAAGGUUUUUCACAGCAGCCCGACAAAUUCCAGGGGUAGAUCCCGAAUUGCUUAGAGGUGUAUUUCUUGGAGGGCUUCGCCCGGGCCCCUUCUACUCGGCACUCAUGCGAGAAAUGGUCCACACUUAUGCAGAUCUAAUCCAUCAAGUAGAGGCCCAGAUUACUGCUGAUGAAGCCAUCAAUGCUCAUAGGAAGCAAUUUGAGCAGACAACCGGGAAGCGUAAAAAUCCCCCAAGGAUGGAGAAUCCCCCAUCACAAAGGAAGAAGCAAGAAAACUACAAUCUUCCUCCUCGGCCCUCACAGUCGCGAUGA